AUGUCGUUCAUCGGCAUCAUGCCUUCGCACGUCCAUGCGCAGUCGAGUACGUUUGACACACGCAUCAUCUAUGGAUCAGUCUACCAGCGGCCCGCGCCACCGUGUCCCGACAACACGCCUCCGUACACGCCUCGCUCCAAGUCGCUUGAUUUGCUCCGCGCCGAUUGCGCCACACCGAUCACAAAUCGUACGUCUCUGGACACCAUCUCCACUCUCAGGGGCCAACGAAUCUCGAGUCCCGUCUUCUUGAACCGCACUGUUGGGGUCCACCCGAUCCCUGAAGAGCGUUGUCGUCCCGACACUGCCGCAGUCACUAGAGUUGAGGCCGAUCAUGGCUUGGAUGGCUCUUGCCUCACCGUUUCCACUGAAAGCGCCGCAAUUAUUCAUGCAAAGGCGAGGGUAUCCACCAUGCCACGCUACAUAAGCCAAGCAGCGGACCUCGAUAUUCCUCUGCAUCCCACAACGCCGUGCCGUCGCCAGAAAUCGGAUCACUUGCUCAAGAGUAAGUUCAGCAUGUCUCCCGUUCAACCAUCCAAGCGGUCAAAGUCUCGGAACUCAGAGCUUCGAAAGGCUGUCGACAUGACCGUCGGACCUGUACCCGAAGUCGUCGUGAUUCAAGAAAACACCCUAUCCGCGUUGGGCAACUGGUCUCAUUCGAUCGGGAUCGCUGCCAAGAAGCUGCAUAAAAGCGCUCUGCCGCGAAAGAGCUCAGAGGAAAGCUGUCAGACGACGUCGAAGGCUUCGAAUGAGAUCGUGAAAGAGUCGAUCACUCCGCAGAAGGGGAAUGGAGACGAUGCUUUUGCUUCAGACCGACGUCGAGCUGACACUUCUCAUCAUUUCAGCACGCCGUCAAGACGGACUCGAAAGGUUUCCAGCACGCGCGGUCUGACGGGAACUCGACGGGGCAUGCUUACGGUUGAUGGUGUCGCCAUAGAGCAUUGUCUGGCUCCGCUUAGAUCGGCGGAGGAUGACGCAUGGAUUGAUGCUGAUGGACGCAAGAGCCGGGAUGGUCUAAGCGAUUCAGAGGCACCGAGUCAGGACUUCGCGGCAGCAGUCGUAUGUGAUCGUCGCCUCAUGGCCCCCGUGCCCCGAUCUCGUUCCUCGUUCAGAUCGCGAGAGUCACAAGACAGCAAGAGCCUUGCUUUCCCAGGACCUACACGUGCUCUACUCUCGCCUGAGUUUUUCGAGCCACCCACGAAAGUACUGCCGCCUACGAAGGAAAUCGAGUGGGUCGAUAGCGCUCAACCGAGCGAUGCCACACAUCCUGACAGACCAGCCAUAGAAUUUGACGCUAGUCAGGUAUCGAAUGCUGUGGCCAAAGAGCAAGAAAUCGAUGCAGGUCCCGUAACCUCCAAGCUCAAGACGCUUCAGCUACUGGCACGACGACCUUUCAGCGCCUUCGGUAAGAGGAUAAGGGAAAUGGAGAAGCCAUGGUGGCCGUCGCGCACUUCACAGGAUGUGGUGAAUCGUGACCUUACUGACACCGGCGGAGGAAAAAUCGCUGAGCGAAGCCAGACAGCGAGAUGCAGCGAAGAUCUUCUAUCUCUGGCUUCUCCUCGCGUGCUCGAUUCGACAGCGAUGGCGCAGAAGAGUCGUAGCGUUGAGCUCGAUCGUGUCCAGCUGCCCUCGACAAAGAUCCCAAUCCGACCGCCAGGAAAGGCUGUCUUCAAGCGACGACCGACAAUCCCUGAUGCUUUCGCAAAGCCUUCCGAACAACGUUGCUCCAAGCUCACACAGUCAGACAGACAGCCGUCAAAUGAUGCAAAAUCACGCAUAUCUGAUCUCCGCCACCCAUGGAUGAAGCAGCUUCAGCUCCCCGUUGUCGCGCGGUCAGGUCUCGGUGGCGACGCCGGAGCCACAGACAUCACCACCAUGCCAACGUGGCCGACAAUGGGUGGCGAUGGACUUCCGCCGCAGCGCAACAUCAUUGCAGCAAUGUCCUUGACAGCUGCAAGUGUCGCUUUGAGUCAAGCCUUUCCAGCUGCGUCCAGCAGGCUAUCUCCUCGUCGGCCACCAGCGUCUUUAUUAGGACAGUCUCUUCCUAUCCCUCCUCGCAACGGUCGUAGUCGAGCCAGCACGAUCAGCUCUCAAAGCUCGGCAACAUCCUCUCCCUCGGGUAAAGUGAUCGUCUCGCGUCGCUCGUACGGACAGCGUCUGCGUUCCACCAGCAUCAGAGACGAGACUGGCAGUAUCACAUCGGUGGGCACUUCGAUCCUCUUCACAGACUCGCCCCCGAACUCUCCAGGCCUACGGAAGCUCAUGUCUCCCCAUCCCGUAACGAGGACACCCACCUCUAAGAGGAUACGCAGUCCGCCGACGACAGUGCUCCUGCCCAAAUAUUCCCCACACAGAUCCGCAAGGGUGCACAGGCUACAGAAGCAGCCUUCUGUCGCUUUUACCGAAGACUCCGACUUAGCCGAAGAGCAAGAGUGGAUGGAUGAGGGACCACUUAGCAGCCGUACGGCGCACGAUGCACCUGUCUCCUUGCGACCCUUCCCACCUCAACGGCCUGGGUUCCUGGAGAUGAGCGAAGCCACUCAGACGCUUUCAAAUCUUGUCAAGACGUUCUCUGGCUCUUCGGGAUCGCUCAGCCUGCAUUCCUCGCCUUACAAGAAGCACGAGACUCCAGAACACCACAGUAACACCGGCACACCACGCGACCUGUACGGUAUCAUGGAGGCGGAGGAGUCGGACCGCACAUCACCUUUGCAUCGUCUGCCAUCUUCGACGCGGCAACGCUUGAUCAGCAUCGCGAGCAUGGUCUCCACCGAAGCGAAUUCCAGUUUCGAGGAUUCGGAAGAGCUUCAAAAGCUUCUGGACAGCAUCAUGGCUGCCGAUUUGGGCGGUGGCAGCUACGACAUUUCCGGCUCGAGAGACAUGGCUCUGCUCUCGCCUUUUGGCUCGCCGGCCGAGUACAGAAACGCGCAGCAUGUCAACACGAGUGCCUCGUCGGGCGGCAAAGAUAAAGAGUCGCCGAAGCCGACACCGACUAUGCCACCACCGCCGAAGUUCCUGCUCAACGAUAGACCCAUUUCCCCGCCCGAUAGUAGUUGCACGAGCGAUGCUACCCAUAGCACUUGUGCACCCGCGUCGCUGGUACACGUUCGUACGUGCAGCUGGUCGAGCAAAGCUGUCGCUGGUACGACCUCGUCUGUACCUGAUGACUCGGGCUAUGUUUCCAUUUCUGGUCUCGAUAAUGUCGGUACUGAUUCGCAAUGUUGA